UGUGCACAGGUAACGGAUCAUGGAAAAUAUUGAUCGAUUUUAUUUGUCUUGAAGCAGUUUCACAAAGUUGAAUGACAUUUUGUAGCUAAAUGUCAGAAUCUGCGUUGGCUCAAAGUAGCUCUUCUGAACGAGGGCGCUACGAAGUCACUUGUCCAACUUGUGAUUUCACAUCGACAGUUCCAAACGGUUCACGAAGAACGAUUUGUCCAAAAUGUGGCGGAUUUUACCGGAAAGAAGAUGCUGAGCGACCAGAACCGAGACGUCUUCAAAAGAGAAAUGAGAACAACAGAUCAGGGGGAAUUAACUCCAUAGCUAACUUCUUCAACACACUUGCUCCAGGAAACUCAAACAAGAAGAAAAAGAAUGUCCAAAAUAACAAUUUCAACGGAAUUGUGUCUGGCGGUAGCUCAGAAAAUAGUAACUCAGACACUAGUUCAAAUGCUCCAGAGUUACCUCCAAUUGAUAGUAAAGGAAGAUUAACUGUGCCAAAUGCUAGUUCACGAACCACAACUCCGUCGUAUGCUGAGUCACGUACGUCAAGUAGGAGAAGUCAGGCAAGUAGUGUGGCAUCAAAAAGCAGUUACAAGAGCGUUCGACUGUCUAGUCCGGAGCGGGAGAGACACUUGUCUAGUCGGAGUGACAUGGGCGGGGAAAACACUGGUGCAGGCGUCAGUGUAACUACCAGACCACAGUCUGACAAAGUUAUCUACCCGGUCAGAACAAAAACUUCAGAACAGCUCAGGGAGGAUGUAAGAGCGGCACGGGAGACGGGAAACUGGAAGUGUGUACAGGAGUUCUACGCCACGACAUUUGACUCGUUCCUGGAAGUCAAUGCUGCAUUUAAGAGGGACCCCCAGAAAGAGUAUAAAACAACAGAUGAUCCUGGACUCAAGUUUGAGUUCAUCAACACUGUAUACGAUCUUAUACUCGGCCUUCCAGAAGAUAUCAAAAAGUCAGUACUGAAGGCCAUUAUAAACAGCCUGUUAAAAGAUAAAAGACACAUUGGACGUGUAUGGCCACAUUCCAAGGAUGAUCUCCGUGCUUAUCUUGUCCUAAUACAGAACCCCCAGUUUGGCCAAACAUCUACGUACGUGAUAUUCGCUCACCUCCUACGACAGAUGGCCGCGCUAACAGACCAUGACCACCACUUUCUUGUGUAUUGGCUCAGGAAGUUGACAAGUAACAGGAUGCAGGCAUUAUUGGAACGCUUAAAUUCGUUCAUCUCUAUACGAUUAUUCCCACCGAAGCCCCAAGAUUUACCAUCAAUGGCCAAGUGUACAUGGUGGAUCCCAAGUUGUACCAAGGUCAUGGCUCUACUCAAUGCUGCCAACAACCUGUGUGUUCCCCACCUGGUGUCACAUAUCGACUUCUACAACAUGGCACUAGAUAACCUUGACCUCAUGUCGGAGUACCAAACCUGGCAGGACCCCAACUCACAUGGCGGGUUUUCAUUCUGUCAGUACCCCUUUAUCUUGAGUAUUACUGGAAAGAGAACAAUUCUACAGCGAGAUUCGGAACAACAGAUGAUUCUCAUGGCAAGGAGAAGUUUGGUAGCGAAGGUCCAGAGACGUCAGCUACCAGAUGUGGGCAUGCUGUUCUUCAACCUGACGGUCCGAAGAGAACACCUUGUGUCCGAUUCUUUAAAUGAGAUUUCCAAGAAACAGCAUGACCUUAAGAAGAAGUUGAAGGUCACAUUUGCGGGCGAGCCUGGGCUGGACAUGGGUGGGCUCACAAAGGAGUGGUUCCUGUUGCUUAUAAAGAAAAUCUUCCAUGAAAACUAUGGGAUGUUCACAUAUCACAAGCAGUCUGGUGUAUACUGGUUUUCUCCCAUGGUGCGAGAGGACUACCAAGAGUUCAACCUAGUUGGAGUUUUGAUGGGCCUAGCGGUGUACAACAGUAUUAUCCUGGAUCUCCGGUUCCCACCUUGUUGUUACAAGAAGCUACUCAGUCCCCCUGUGGUUCCCUAUAACAACCCCAGGGUACCGGUAGGCGUGACGGCACUAACGUUGCGGGACUUGAAGACUGUUCAUCCGGAUGUAGCCAAAGGUCUGACAGAUCUGCUGGAAUACACGGGAAAUGUUGAAGAUGACUUCUGCAUGAACUUUCAGGUGUCCCAGGAAUGUUAUGGAAAAGUGAACACGUAUGAGUUAAAGGAAGGAGGAGCAGACAUUCCAGUAACAGCUGAAAACAGACAAGAGUAUGUUGACCUAUAUGUGGACUGGGUCCUUAACAAGUCCGUGUUCCAGCAGUUCAAAGCCUUCUAUCAUGGUUUCCACACCGUAUGCGCAUCAAAUGCCCUCAUUAUGCUGCGUCCAGAGGAAAUCGAUAUGUUAGUCUGUGGUAACCCGCGUCUCGACAUGAAUGAGCUGAAAAAAGUCACUGUCUAUGACGGCUACGGUCCCGCACAUCCUCUGAUAAAGAGUUUUUGGGACAUUGUUCUAAGCUUGGCCAAGCCCCUUCAGAAGAGCUUGCUCAUGUUUACGACGGGAAGCGAUCGGGUACCGAUAGGAGGCAUGGCAGAGAUGACCUUCAAAAUAUCACGACAUGAUGAUAUUAAUCUACUGCCGACUUCCCACACUUGUUUCAACCAGCUGGUGCUGCCGGAAUACAAGAGUAAAAAAAUCCUCCGAAAUAAACUCAUCCUGGCUAUACAGAAUGCAGAGGGAUUCGGCUUGGAAUGAAGAGUUGUCAGCUUGGUUUUCGGUGUCAUGCAUUUACAUGCCAUAAUCACGGCUGGAACACAGUUAAAAGGUCCUCCGAAAUAAAAUGAGACUCGCCAUACAGAACACAGAGAUUUGGUCUGAAAUGAUACCAUUCAGUGUGGAUUACCUUGUUAUUCAUCCUAACUAUACAUAAUACUAACAGAUGCGGCUAGUAAUGAAUAUCCGUCAGUAUUCUUUUGUGUCAUUCAUCUUAGCCAUACAAAAUACUAAUUUAUUCAGCUUGGAAUAAAUAACUGUCAGCGUAUCGUGUCAUUCAUCCUAGUCAUACAAAAUACUAACUUAUUCAGCUUGGAAUGAAGGACGUUUUUUUGUGAAAUUCAUUCUUGCAAUAAUUAAUACAAAAUAUAAUACAAAAUAUAAGAACACAAAGUCCUCCAAAAUCAACACAUCCUUACCAUACAGAACGCCGAAGGAAUCAUCUUGGAAUGAAUUAAUAGCUUUGAUUCUUGUUUCAUCUAUCCCAGCCAUUCAGAAUGCAGUAUUUAGCUUGGAAUGAAGGGAUUUGAUUUGGGUGUCAUUUAUUUAAACUGUUGCGUGGGGAUUAUUUUAGUCGUAAUGGAAUCCGUCCAUCUAUUCAUGACCAAUUGUGAGAGAUUUUACCAUCCAUGUUAUCUGCCAUAAAGGAUUUAUUUCACCAUGGAAUUCUCAAGAAAUAAUCACAGAAUUACUUAAUCAUUGUAAAGGUAAUCCGUCCACUUCAUUUGCCAUAAUUGAAUUUUAAUAUCAGAUUCAGCAGGAUUUUCUUUAUACAUUCUAUGUUUUAAGAAUCAUACUAGAAAGUUUCAUCAUUUAUUUGUGUCCGUAUUAUCCAUUCGUCAUCAUAUAAUCGCUAUUUGUUGUAAUCUAGUCAUCAUUUUUUGUCCCAGAAUGAAAGCCAGAUUGAUUUCAUUCUUCAGUGGCCAAGUGGUUUUCUCGUAAAUACCAGGGCCCACAUGGUUAUGAACAGUGUCAAGUCCAUGUCUAGACUCUGAUUCAGAAAAGCCCUUUUAUUAAAUUACCAAAAUCAUCUUUAUUUCAUUUGUUUUUCAAAAAUAAAUGUCAUUGUACAAUUUUAAAUAAUAAUAAAUUUCAGCAGAUUUAAUCAUCAAUAAUUAUGCAACUAGCAGGAAUUGUUUACAAUAAAAUGAAGAUUUGCAGUUUUGCCACUUGAGUCUGAUCUCAAGAGUUGAGACUGGUCAAAAUCAUGGCCCAAGAUUGUAUGCAAAUGAUACAUACAUGCCAUAUUUCGGAGAGGGUUCCCAGGGGAUUUUGGUCUAAAAUCCAGGGGAUUUUGAUAUUAUUACACCAGGGAAUUUUUACUCAGCGAAAAUUUAGCACAAUAUCUACAUUUAUGAUAUAGAAAUGAAUGUAGAAACACACUCUUAUUUCAAUAAUUUUAAUACUUAGUCAUCAUGGCCCUUAAUGGAAUUUCAUAAAAUUAUGGAUGCUUUCCACUAUCAACCUGAAGCUAGUUUAAAAAAAAAAAUCCAGCGGAAAUGGAUCCCCCAGCGGGGGACCAGGGGAUGGGUCGGAAAUCCGGGGCAUUUUUCCCCCAACCGGGGGAUAUGGCAUGUAUGAUGACAGAUUGAACAAUUAGAACUGUAUGGGUUUGUUUGGACUCAUAAGGUUGAUUGUUCAGAACUUUGUUAAAAUUAACAACCUUUUAAACUUCAUUGUUGUUAAUUUUCAAAUCUUUACUGUUUUGCAAGUUUAAUUGAUACCUUACACUUGUGAUCCGCUGUAUUUAUGUCUCCCCAAAUAAAUGGGGGAGACUCCCCAAAUAAAUGGGGAAGAUGAUCAGAAAAAAUCAUAUCACAUAUUGCACAAGUGCCACUAAUACUACCAGUACAUAUAAAGUAUUAUAAUAAUAAUAUGAUACCUUUUAUAUUGAACAUAAAUGUAUACAUGUAUUAUGUUGAUUGAUUGUUGAUUGAGAUGUUAUAUUUAUUGUUAUCCGUCUGUGAUCUAUAUUUAUUGGUGAAUUUGUGAAAUCAUUUACUAUUCUUUUACAUUGAAUAUAAGAUGUUUUAUGUGAAUUAAAAGAUGUUUUACGUGGAUUAAAAUGUAUGUGCUUUAAAAUUAGAGAUAAUAUGUCUGUAUUUCUAAGUACGAGUCCUGAUUGAGCACUCUGAGCUGUUGGGAUUGCAUUUAUUCAAUGCCAGGAUUUUUUAAAAGGCAGAUUUAUAAUGAGCUUUAAUUAACUAUUCUGAAUCUCAAAAUUUUAUGAAAAUAUAAAUGUUAUAUUUUGCUAAAUUUGUUGAACUUUGUUGUUAUGUAUUAAAUAUAUUUUAGGCUGAUUUAUGUGUGGCUACAUAGUUGAUUAUUCCAUUUACCUUAUGGUACAUAAUUAUCUCACUUUUAAACAUUAUUGGCAUAAUAUACACUAUUUUAUAUUUUCAAUUGUUUAGUUACUGAAAAUGAUUGUGUAAAAAAAAUAAGAAGGCCGGAGAAAAAUGAUUUUAAGUUUCUCAUCCGCAUUUUAGAAAAAUGUUUUAAUUUAAACUUUUUUACAACACUUGUGAAUCAAUUUGGCAAUAUUAUAUUAAUUAUUCUAGUAGGCUCAAUAUCAUGCGAUAGUGUUGUCUUUAGUUGUUGCUUUUUUAUAUGAAAAAGCAUGUGGUAUAUUUAAAUUACCGGUAUGCGCCAUUUUUCUUGAUUUUUUACCACUUUUGGCCAGAGUGGAUCUAAUGUAAUAAAGGUGGAAACAUGUAAGGAUGAGAAUCUAAAAAUAUAUAUUGUCUGGCCUCAUUAUGAAUUAAGUUCAGCUUUUGGAAAAAAAUGCAUGAAUAAUAAGGUAUCGGCUUUGACAUUUUUUUAAAGAGAUUAUCAAUUUUAAUAUUUUAAGCCAGUCAAACUUUGUAUUAUUUAGAAAAAGUGCUGUCAGAAUAAGGAUGAAUAAGGAUAAUGAGACUGCUCUGUCACUAGAUUCAUAAAGGUUUUUUUUCAGUUGUUCAACUAAUUUGUCGCAUUCCUGUGACAGUUCUUUUUAUUUUUUUAUUAACAUUUGGUUAUUAUUUCUUUCUUUAUUAUGUUAAUUAAAAUCAAAUUAGCACAAAUGAAAGCUACUGGGAUCGUUCUGAUUUUCAGAGGGGAUGUUUUGACCAAAAUGGUGACAUUUUUCUCAUAGGACAUCUUAACCUGGGGACGUUUAGACCUGCAACCGUGAAAUUACAUAAUGUCACAUUAGGUUUAUUGUCUUUAAAAUCAGGUGUGCAUUUAUGAUCAGUAUGCAAUUUUUUCGUGUUAAAGUACUAUUACUUACUAGCUAGUCUUACGCUGAUCUGCCAGUGUUUUUCUGCUAUCUACUUGAAUAGGGAGCUGGUCUUCGUAUUUUAUCAGAUAGCUAGGAAAUACUCCUACCUCUUGAGUCGUGCUGAGCUGCAUUAAGGUCUUACAUAGCUUGUAUGGUUUCGUUUUCUGUAUUAAUUUUGCAUAAAAGAAAUCUUCAACUUCUUCUGCUUAAAUGAUAAUUAUCUUAAAGAAUUAAUGACCUUCAACUCAUGUUUUCACAUGGGCACAGCCAUUAAAUUUUCAAUUCUUUAUGUAAUAUUUCACCUUAUGUCAAUUUUACCCAUGAUCUAUUUCAAGGCCGCCUUCAUUAACGUCUUGAGUCUUAGUUUCAGACUCAGGCUCAGAAAAUUGAAGUCUUGAAUGUUUCAAAAUAAUAAAAUAUAUCUAAUUUUGCAAAAAGAUGUGUGCUUGAUUUUAGAAGCGUUUUUUUUUAUACAGAUACAGCCAUUUUGACCAUAUUUGCUUCUGUAAUAGCAUUUUUAUAACAUUAUUAGAAUUUUUGCUUUUCUGGGUCUGAGUCUGAAACAAUUUGUCAGACCAAAGAUGUUAGUGUAUAGUGCCUUUGAUGGGACCUUUUUGUUGUGUUUUCGUCUUUUUGUUGUAAAUUCUUUUUAUUGCUUUUAAUUCAUUAAAGGAACUCCUUCCCAUGUUAUACCUAGGUUCAGACAUUGAAAACACUAAUAUCAUGUGAACACAAUGCUUGUUACUAUGAAUGCUUAUCAUUUUUUCAAGUUCAAAUUAGAGGUCUUUUAUUUAUUUUUUAAAUAUGACAAAAAAUGCUUUAUUUUGCCUAAAAGUGUUAGUCACUUUUUGAAUUUUUUAUUAUUUUAGAUUUUGAUUUAAAAAUAUAUGUUCAAAUUGCCUAUCAGCAAGUUGCAGUUUAGUGUUUGGACAUAAAGUAAGGAAAAUAGCUCAAAUUCCACUAAGUUUAAAAAAAUGUUUCUGACAUAAAAUCAGUGAGCGAGUCCAUUUAAAAUGCCGGGAUUCUACAAUUUGAUUUUAAAUUUAUCAUUUGUGACCUUUACUUCCUGUAUCUAUUGUUUUAAAUUUUCUCAGUAUGGACAUUCAGCUGCAUUGUUAAGUGCGUAUUCAAAUUACAGUAGAGUUAUUUGUCUGUGAGUGAUUUUCUCUCUCUGGAAUUUUAACAUUAAGUGCUAAUGGUUUUCUUUAUAAAUUGUUUGAAGGACAAUUUUUGUUAGAUCUGUAUUUCUGUGUGUGGAAUAACUGCUUGCUAAAAUUAUGUAUGCAUUGUAUGUUCGUAUUAUUAUCUAUCGAUAUUAAAUAAUAACAAUUCCAGUAACAACUAUUUUAAGGGUUAUGGUUGUUGAAUUACAUUAUACAUUCUCAAUUAAUUCACAUUCCCAUGAAGGUGGUAUUCUUAAAAACAUCUGAAGUCAUUUCCUAAUUGAAGUAGAUUUCUUAAAAAAACUCCAGUCAAUUUGAAACAAAAGUACGUUAUUUUUUAAAUUAAACGUAUAAAUAUAUUCAAUAAAAAUGAUGUAUUUUAGCCAUCAUCAAGUUAUUGUACCAUAUACUCAAUAAAAAUAAUGUAUUAUAGUCUCAAGUUAUUGUACCAUAUAACAAGUAACUUAGGAAAAUUACUUAACUUAGGAAAAUUACUUAAUCUAGGAAAAUGACUGAAGAUUUUUCAUGAAUACCGACCUCUGUUAUAAUUGCAUAAUAAACAAGAAAUGUUAAUUUGAACUAAUGUAAUAUCACAGAUAUAAUUAUUACAAACACUAUAUAUUUCCUAGGAAACUAUGAGGAACAUGCAGUAUGUUAUGGGACUGAAGCUUGCUUAUGAUAAUAACUCCACAGAAGUAAGUUUGGGGGAUACGUAGGAUUGGUGGGCUUAUCAGUCAGUUAGUUUUGUCUGGACAAUAACUAAUGAAAGGGUUGACGUAUUUUAAUAAAUUUUGGUACACAUGUUCAACACCAUAAAAUAAAGGUGAAGUUUGACUUUGGUUACCAAACAACCAAUCUUUGACAGAAAAAUGUCCCUUUUUCAACUUAGAUUUUUUAAUAGGACAUUCUUUCUUCAUGAAAUACUUUCAUGUUCAAAAGGACAUUCUUUUUCAAUAAUCUAACGCAAUUAAAUCUUUAGUAAGUGGAUUUCUGUUCUUUGUGUACAAGCAUGGGAAAUUCAGCACCAAAUUCAAUAGGCCCCCCAAAAUAUUUAAAAAAAAGAGAAGAAUUAUGAAGUUUAAUGAAAAUGUAUACAAUAGUAAAAUUUUCCAAAUAAAUGUUUAGAAAAGUGAAAAAAAAAAAAAAAUGAACUGUCUACAAAAUACAAGUGCAUCAGUCAUUUUACCCUAAUGGUCGUCAUGCUAUAUCUUCAAAUUGUUUUACCAAAUUGUCACUUAAAAUUUCCUUUAAAGUGUUGUACAACCAAAUUCUCUGGAAUUUUCCGGCAGCAAAAAUUCAAAGCAAAGUAUCAUACAAACUAAUUCCUGUAUUUUUCUACAACAGAAAUAUCAUCGAUUCUGUCUCAUUUCAUACUGAAUGCUCCUCAUAGAAGAUUUCCAGAUAAAAAAAUUACAUGUUAUUUGUGUCAUGAUUGGCAUAAAUGUUCUUGAAUAGUUGUAUUAACUGGAGCUUGAAUUAUGUUUUGUCUAGCAUGUGUUCAAACUGUUUGUGUCAAGAACAAUUAUGUCAUUUGAAAUAAAUCA